UUUCUCCGUUGUCCAAAGCCAUUGGUCUGAUAACUCCCCACUCUGCUCUGUCUGCUCUGCCCAGGCCAUUAAUACUUAACUCUCCCUUCCCAUUCUUCUUCUCUGCUCUAUCCCUCCCGAAAACAAUGUCGACAACAAGAAUUUUUCUCCUUGUCUUCACACUCUUCUGCUUUACACCUUUCUCUCACUUCUCUUCAUCAAUUCUUGCAAAAGCUCUCUUUCACCACAGCACAGACGAAGCCGAAGCCGAAGCUGCAGAUGUUUCUUCAAUCUCCAUCGGCCAACACCAUAGGCAGAUAUCGGGGAAGCCGAUCGUGCAGAGCAUCUCUCCCGCAGUUGACGAAAAGGACGUGGUGGUAUUGACGAACAACAACUUUAGCGAAAUUGUUAAUAAAAAUCAGUAUGUAAUGAUUAAUUUUUAUGCACCUUGGUGCGCUUGGAGUCAGAAGCUGGCACCGGAAUAUGCUGCGGCUGCUACCAUGUUGAAGGGUAAUGCUGUUCUUGCAAAAAUUGAUUGUGAUAAAGAGACAAGGUUGGCGAUGAAGUUCAAGAUUGAUGGGUGGCCCACUUUAUAUUUAUUGAUCGGCGGAGCUCACAAGGUUCUUUAUAACUCUAAACGGACCAGGGAUGCUAUUGUUAAUUGGGUGAAUCAGAUAAUGAACAUCACUGUUCAAAAUGUCACAACAAUUGAGGAUGCAGAACGUUUAUUAGUAAAAUCAAAAUCUGUGAGAGUUUUGGGAUUGCUAGACACUUUAGAGGCUAAAGAUAGUGAGGAGCUUGCUGCCGUCUCAAAACUGCAUAUUGAUGUCAAAUUUUAUCAAACUACCAAUGCUGAUGUUGCUGAGUUGUUCCACAUUGACCAGCAAAUCAAACGCCAUGCUUUGGUCUUGGUGAAAUGGGAGGGUCUAACUCCUAGCUACAUUGGUUAUGAAGGUGAAUUCACCAGAUUGUCAAUUGGUGAUUUUGUAUCUAUGCAUAAGAUUCCUUCAGUGAUCCCUUUCACACUAAACAAUGCUGAUAGUAUUUAUAGGAAUCGUAUGAAACAGUUGUGGCUUUUCGCUCCUGAAAGAUCAUGGGAGGUUAUAUCCAUAUUUGAAGAAGUGGAAAAAGCAUUCAAAGGAAAUAUUCUGUUUGUUCACGUGGAAACUAGCAAUAAAGAUUCUUAUAUAAGAGAGCUUAGUUACCAAUUUGGCGUCACUGAUGGUUCUCCAACAGUCUUAGCUGUUUACAAAGUAGAUUGGGAUGCCAAAAAGUAUAAAUAUGAUGGUGAACUGACCUUAAGUGGUAUUAAGUCAUUUGCAGAGGAGUUUCUGGAGGAGAAGUUUCUGGGCAAGUUAGAACCAGCCAUGAUGUCUUUUGCCUGACGUCCAUUUCACUAUCAUGCCGACCCUUAAUCCAAGUUCCAUUCUUCAUGCAUAUUAGUAUAAGGACCAAAAUUAGCAGUAACUUGAAUUUGCUUUGCUUCCUCUACUUUGCUUGGAAGUUUAUUGGAUCUUGUUUUGUUUGCUUGGUUUUUGCAGCAGCUUGUUGGCCUUUGGCUUUUGUUUGGCA